GCAUGAAAAUCACUCACACUUGUCUUCUUCCCUCUCGUGUUCUUCAUUCCUGUCAUUUUCUCUCCUCAGAAACCCUAACUCUGUCUCACUACCUUCCAUCAAUGGCGCCAAUCGACCCUCACUCCUUCACUGACUCGGCCCACCCCCUCACCACUCACAUUUCUCUCUCCUUCUACUUCGACUUCCCUUCCUCCUCCAUUCAUGCCUCCGCCCUCCUCUCCCUCCAGAACCCUCUCUCCGGCCCCCUCUGCCUCGACACUCGCUCCCUCUCUGUCAUCUCGGUCCUGGACCCUCAGUCCCUGUCCCCUCUCCCAUUCUCCCUCUCUGAUCCUGACCCCAUCAAGGGCCAGAACCUCACCAUUUCCCUGUCCAACCACAGCUCCGUCCUCAUAAUCUACUCCACCACGCCCGCCUCCUCCGCCCUGCAGUGGCUGAACCCCAGUCAGACCUUCAACAAGACCUUCCCUUUCGUCUACACCCAGUGCCAGUCCAUCCACGCCCGCUCCGUCUUCCCCUGCCAGGACACCCCCGCAGCUCGGAUAUGCUACAGCGCGCGGCUCAACAUCCCGCGGCAGCUCUCCGCCGUCAUGUCCGCCCGCCACGCCGACCGCCGGACUCCGGCACCGGGCGAGGCGGCAUGUCUGCCUUGCGGGGAUGAUCGCUGGUGUGCUGAGGGGCGUGUGGUGGAGGAGUUCGUCAUGGAGCAGCCAAUCCCGCCUUACUUGUUUGCUUUUGCUGUUGGUGAGCUCGGGUUCCGGGAGGUAGGCCCAAGGACAAGGGUGUACGCGGAGGCAGCAGGGCCGGUGCUCGAUGCUGCAGCUGCAGAAUUUGCGGGGACGGAGGAUAUGAUUCAGCAGGGGGAGAAGCUCUUUGGACCGUACGACUGGGAGAGGUUUGACCUGUUGGUGUUGCCUCCAAGCUUUCCUUACGGAGGGAUGGAGAACCCCAGGAUGGUUUUCUUGACGCCAACGGUGAUUAAGGGCGAUGCGAGCGGGGCACAGGUCGUUGCACAUGAGCUCGCGCACAGUUGGACUGGGAAUUUGAUCACUAACACCACUAACGAACAUUUUUGGCUGAAUGAGGGUUUUACUACAUAUGCCGAGAGGAGAAUUGUGGAGGCUGUGCAAGGGGAAGACAGAGCGACACUGAACAUUGGGAUUGGUUGGAGGGGCUUGAAUGAGGAAGUGGAGAGAUUCAAGGACAACAUGGAGUUCACUAAGCUCAAGACUAAGCAGGAAGGGGUAGACCCCGAUGAUGUGUACUCCCAAGUUCCGUACGAGAAAGGUUUCCAGUUUCUAUGGCGCAUUGAACGGGAGAUUGGAAGGCCAGCUUUUGAUGACUUUCUCAAGAAGUAUAUUGCGACUUUCAAGUUCAAAUCAAUUGACACCGAUACGUUUCUCCAAUUCCUGAAAGCCAAUGUCCCUGGAAUAGAGACGAAGAUUGACUUGGAACUAUGGACCGAGGGCCAUGGCAUCCCUCCUGAUGCGUAUGAACCUGUUUCCAACUUAUACACGAAGAUUGUGUCCCUUGCAAAUGAGUUCAAAGCAGGAAGGAUGCCAAGAGAUGACGAGGUCGCCGACUGGUGUGGUCAGGAAUGGGAGCUUUACCUGGAGAAUCUGCCAAAGUCUAUUGAAGCAUCACAGAUUUUGGCCCUGGACGCUCGCUAUAGGCUGUCGGAAUCGAGGGAUUACGAGGUGAAAGUGGCAUUUCUCCAGCUGGCCAUCUCCUCUAGGUGCCGAGACUACUAUGGUGAGGUGGAGAAGACCUUGAAGGAAGUGGGGAGGAUGAAGUACCUCCGGCCACUGUACAAGGCUCUUGUACAGGGAGCCGGGAAGGAUGAAGAGAAGGUAUUCGCGAAGAGGGUCUUUGCAGAGGCUCGAGAGUGCUAUCACCCCAUAGCUCAGGGAGUUGUCGAGUCCAUCUUCUCCAAGCACAUGUAGAAGAUGUUUACUGUGUCUUUUUGUAAAUACAUAUGACUGAACCUAAACUAAUCUCUGAGGGGGCGUUCUCAGUUUCGACCUUCGGGGUGUUCUCAGUUUUUAAGUAUAGACCGGUCGUACUCUUUCAAGUUGACAUGCAAAGGAUGAGUACAGAUUUAUUAUGUUAUUGAA